AUGGAGACUACUAGUGUAUUUUCGGAGGCUUUUAAAAAUAUCAUCGGUGAUGUUAUCACCACAGUACAGUUAGAAGGAAACGAGAAGGAAAUUAAAAGAGAUUCAUCUCCAGCUGAUGAAUGGUCUUCGUCAAACGACAAAAAGUCCUGUUCUUAUUGCCGCGUUGAAUUUCCCGACAGUCAGGUUCAAAGAGAACAUUACAAACUAGACUGGCAUAGGUACAAUUUGAAACAGUCCCUGUUUUCCAGACCACCAAUCACGGAAGACGAUUUUAGUGUCAAAACUGGAAAUGAUGAUUUAUCCAGUAUAUCAGGAUCAGACUCUGAAAAAGAAGACACACUCGACACAUAUGCCACUGCCCAAGGAAAAAUAUUCUUGAAAAACAAAAGCAACCAAGUUAUUUCAUUGUACAAAUGCUUAAUGUUAGACAGGAAGGAAGAAAUCUCAGAAAAUGUCAUCUUAAACCGUUUGAGAAACUGUGUAACCAACCAACAAUGGACCAUACUCAUGCUUGGCGGAGGACACUUUGCUGGGGCUGUCUUCAAAGGAACCGAACCCAUUUUACACAAGACGUUCCAUUGUUACACCGUCAGAGCCGGCCAGGGUGGUUCACAGGGUGCCAGGGAUAACAAGUCGGGUGGAUCUCAACCUAAGAGCGCUGGCGCAUCUUUGAGAAGAUAUAACGAACAAGCUUUAGUGCAGCAUGUUAAGUCUAUCGUGGAAACGUGGAAAACAGAAAUAGAAAACAGCUCUUUAAUUAUGUAUCGUGCCGCCGGACCCUACAACAGAGGUGUUUUAUUUGGGGGAAGUACACCUUUGCUAGAUAGAGCCAAUCCUAAAUUAAGAACCAUUCCCUUUUCGACCAGAAGAGCUACUUUCACGGAACUAAAAAGGGUACAUCAGUUAUUAACAACAGUAAAUGUUUACGAUUCUCUGGAAACAGCAACUAAAAAUUUUUCCAAACAAAUAUCUCCCGAUGUUGAUGCUAAAAGAAACAAAGUACGCACUUCCUGUAUCAAUAGAGCCAAGUCUAGAGAGACCGUAGAAAGACCUCUACCCACUGAGCACCUUUCUAGCGACAGUGAAUCCGAAACCGACCAAAUUUAUAUAUCUACUAAUGAUCAGGAAAUAUCUUUCCAUAGUUUGAAAGAAUUUGAGGAUUCUCUAACACCCGAACAAAGAAAAAAAAUUGCAAAGAAGAAAAAACCGAAGAAAAGUAAAAGUAAGAAGUUAAAAGAGCUGGAAGACAGUAAAAAGAAGGAGCUGAUUAGUGUUAUAUCCAAUGGACAAAUAGAAAAAUUAAAGAUCUUGUUAGAUAAUUAUUUACAAAUAUCAGAAGAACCUGAAGUUGAAAAAAAUAGUCAAGAUUUUAUCAACAAGGUAGUGGACGAAAGUCAAAAUACUUUAUUACAUGUGGCUGCUCAAAAGGAACAAAUAGAUAUGGUGAAAUUCUUGUUAGAUAAUGACGCAAAUCCUUGUUUGAAAAACAAGUCUCAACUUACGGCUUAUACUUGUACUCAGAGCAAAGAAGUAAGGGAAUGUUUGAGGCAAUUUUCAAGAGACAACCCUGAUAAAUACAACUACAAUAAAGCACAGAUUCCUGUUAACGCCCUAACGAAUGAGGAAAUGGCAGAUAAGAAAAAGGCCAUGCGUAAAGUAAAGAGGGAGAAAGAAAAAGAAAAGAAAAAGGAGAACGAGAUCAAAAGAAAGGAAGAAGAACAAAAGGAGAGGUUUUUGAAAUUGAGUGACAGGGAAAAGAGGGCGCUAGCGGCCGAAAGGCGGAUACUCAACCAACAGGGCGUGGUUACCAAACGAUGCUUUUUAUGCGGCGCAGAUAUAGCCGGAAAAGUACCAUUUGAAUACUUACAGAAUCUAUUCUGUUCCAUAGACUGUCUUAAAGCACAUAGACUGCAACAUCCAAUAGUUUUAUCGUAG